AUGAAUGGGAAUGCACAUCAAGAGAAUUUAGAAGAUAGUAUAGCUUCGUUAUUAUCAUCUUCGUUAAUACAGGAACCUAAAGAUGAUUCCGUAAUCAUAAAUUCUAAUUAUAAAAAAGCUGCUAAAUUAUUCAUCAAUAAGAAAUUUCAACAAUCUUUUGAAAUUGUUCAAAAUCAAUUGAUCCCACAAAGUGUGGUGUUUUAUAAUUCAGGUGUUAUUAAUGAAGAUUUAUUUAAUAAUUUGUGGUUAUUAUAUUUCAAUUUGAUUGAUAUUUUCAUAAAUAAGUCUUUUACAUUGUUAUCAAAAUUUGAUAAAGAUCAAUUAUUAAAAUCUUUCAAAUCUGAUGAAUUUUUCAAUGGGUUUUAUGAAUUAAAUAAACUAGUACAUCCAAAAUUAAUUGUAUUGUUGGUUUUAAUCAAAUUAAAUAAUGAUGAUACCGAUCUAAUUGCAUUAAGAAAUCAAAUGGAUAUAUAUUUGGUUAAUAUAUCAUCUGAACUAAAUCAUGUUCAAAACCAGGAUAGAUUUGAUUCAUUUCAAGAACUAUUAGAGAUUUAUCAUGUUUAUUUAUUACCAAAAUUGAAUGAAUUCGAAGAGAGUGAGUUCCUUAUAAAAUCAAACCAUUUGAUAGUAAAUCAAAAUGAAAUGUUGGAAAAUUUACAUAAAGUUGAAAAAGAGAUGAAGGAUAAAGAACUACAAAAACAGAAAUUAGCAGCCAAGAGAGCUCAGGAGGCACAAAGAAGAAAAGAACAACAGUUGAAAGAAGAACAAGAAUUGAAAAGGGUUCAAAAUUUGGAAAAGGUGAAGAAUAAAAUUAUUGAAACUAAUUCAAUAAACCAUAAUAGUAAAAUAGUGAAGAAGUCACAAGGAAAUGAUCUUUCAAUAUAUAACAUAUUGAGAGAUAAACUAUUGGAAAGAUUUAAUGCUUCAAAUUCUUCAAUAAUUGUCUUGAUAAUUUCAUUAAUUUCAAUAAUUGCAUUUACAAAGAAUCAUAAACUUUUAUUAAACAAUAGGAUUAAGCAGUUUUUGCUAAGAUUUUGGACAAAGUUGAGUAAUACUCUUAAAAUGGCAUUUCAAGUUACAUAUAUGUGA